AUGAGUCGAAAAUCUGCUCGUCUAUUUGUCUUAUUAUCAAUUUUACUUAGUCUAUUAGCAUUUAUUUUUAAUAUAAUUGCACUUUUAUCACCCUAUUGGAAAUUUGUUCGUUUACAUCCACAACAAAAUUUACAAAUUAUUGAUAAUCAUAUUGAUCCAUUAAUUCGUGCUGAAGUUGAAAAAUUUUUUGAUUUAAUGCAUCAUCGAGAUACACAUUAUUUUGGUUUAUAUAAACAUUGUUUACAAUAUACAACACCAAAAAAAUUAUUAAAUACGGUUAGUUCAUCUCAACAAACAAAAUGUGGUCAUAAUUAUGUACCCGUAUUUAAUGAUAAUGAUUUUGAAAUAUGUCACAGUGUUGAACGUCAUAGAUAUUGUAUAUUUCAUUCAACAUCAACUGAUGAUAGUGAAUUAUCUCAGGAAUCUUUAGCAAAAUGUCAAUGUAAUUCUCCAAAUUAUAUAUCCGUAUCAAAGGUGCUAUUAACAUUAACAAUUAUUUUCUUAUCAAUUGGUAUUUUAAUUAAUAUUUUACGUUUAUGGAGUAUGAAACAAAAAUUAUUGAUUAAUGAUAUUCAACUUCGUCUAUUAUCAAUUAUUAGUUCAUUAUUUAUCAUUUUAUUUUCAAUUAUUAUUAUAACAUAUCAAAAUUCAAAUAAAAAAUAUGAAACAUUAGAAUUUUUUGAUUCAUUAAGACGACAUUAUUCACGUAUACAAAUAUAUAAAUUUAGUAAUCAUUUGACAACAAUUAUUGAACGUUUUGAACAAAUACUCGAUAUUAAAUUAGGUUCAUCAUUUAUGUUAGUCACAUUUGGAUUAUCAUUUGCGUUUAUUGCGUUUUUAUUGUCAGCUGUGGUAGAAAUAAAACCAUUAAAAUUAACAGUAACAACAAAUAAAAAUAGUAAAUCAAAUGAAUAUCAAAAUCAUAAUCAAACAAUGUUUAUUAAUCAUCAUUCAACGACAAAUCAUAAUCACACUAAUUCAACCUAUAUACCACAAAUUCGAUAUCCUAAACAAACAAAAGUGUAA